UAGGGAUCGAUGGAGAAACUUGAUAUAUAGGCUUUCGGGAUAAAGAGUGACUUCAAAUGAAGAUCAUGAAGCUCACUAAUUAUUCCUGUGGCUUCUCUCCAGGCUUCACGAUUGGUCAGGGUUUCAUAAAAUUCAAGGCCUUUAGAGUUAAAUGCGAAGAAAUUGAAGAAGCCUCUCCAACUGAUUUUGAAGGAGUAAAACUUCUUACUGAAGAUCUCUCUGUUUUCAUUCCAAUGCAGGAAGUUAAAAUUAUCGAUUGAUAUUUUGAUGAAGAUUAUGCACUUUUUGAAGGUUUAUACCCGAAAUUGGCAGAAUUGGGUUUCAAGAUUUCCCCUUCAGCAUUAAUGGAUGCUGACGCUUAUGAGAAGUUGCAACCCUUCCAGAAGACUCCCAAGGUUUGGGUUGAUGUAGAAAGACCAUAUAUUAGGAAUGGGCCACAUGUUCAAAGCAAAGAUGCUCCAUUUAAAGUUUUAGAGAAAUUUAACUUACACCUGCUUGGUAUUAGGAAUUGGAAAAUUAGUGAUGAAGCUACACUAUCUUUGCUGAAUUCUCUUCUAGAGAAGACCAAUAUCGCUGAUAUUUAUUUGAAUAUUGGAGCUUCUGAGAUUAAGAAUAAAGAAAUUGAGCGUAUGUUUAAUGCUCUUUCUGCCUCAUGUUUUAGAAUUAUCAACAUAAUGAUUUAUGAGGCUUCUUUAGACAUUGUAAAGAUAUCUGAAAAUUUUGCAGGGAAAAAUAUUGAUAAAGAUAUUCAAAUCCAAUUUGUAAAUGCUAUUAUUAAGCCUGAAAUAAAGUUAGAACCAAUUCCAAAAUCUUCAAAAAUUAAUUUUGCAAGAAUCAAAUCAAGCAUCUUUGAGCAAAUCAAAAGUAAACCUCUGAAGCCUAAAGUUCCAACUUUCAUAGGUAGCAGGUUCUGAAAGCUACGAAUCAUUUUUGAGGAUAAUAGAGGUUUGGAUAAUUAAGAAGAUGCAUAAGUUGUAAUGCUUUAAUACAAGAGAUAUAUAAUUCAUUGGAUAACUUUCGUUGUC